AUGUGGGAAGCUUGCCACCUUUAUCAGCUGGAUGCAUUGACCAUCGAUACAAAUCCUCCAGGUAUCGACAACGAUUUGGACAACCUCAACCUCUCAUGGGCUCAUCGGAUGAAUCAAGACAAGAAUCUAAAGCUUGAGGAUAAGCCUCGGAGACUGCUAGCAAGUCCCAAGAUUCUUCGACAAGAGGCUGCCGAGAUGGUUGUAUAG